AUGCCUCCCAGGCGCGCAUGCGAUGUAUGCUACAAACGCAAGAUUCAAUGCUUGAUCAAAACACAAGGCGAACCCUGUGACUGGUGCGAAAGUCAAGGAUUGACAUGCACAUUUGACAGAGUCAUUCAAAAAGAUCCCAACAAACGAACUACUUCCGACGUGGUGCAGGAAUUAUCUCAGCGCGUUGAAACCCUCGAGGAAGCGCUGCAGACGGCACUACACGUCAACGCACCCGCCCGAAGCGCAUCAAUUACACUGUCAGACAGACCUUUAGCAUUCCCCAGUCCACCUUCUCUUCGACUCGGUGGAUCGCCUGUCACGCGGAAUCCGUCAAUCGCAGGUUUAACAGGUCCUAAGCAACCUUACAAAUUAUCACCGUGCCAACUUGGUACGAAUUGGUACUUUAAAGGAAUUGGUAUUCUUUCUGAGCGCGGGCGACAAUGGAUUACCUAUGGAUCUGGUGAGAGAGUCUUUCUUGAGAAUUUUGACAUUUUUGCCAAUCCAAUUGGGGUUAUUCCUCCUCUGAGUCCUCCUGAUCAAGCGAGGGCUUUACCAGCCAAGGAUGUAAUGAGACAUAUUGUCGAUGCGUUCUUCAAGGCGAAGACGUCCACCAUGUUUCCUAUCUUGGAGAGAAGUCUUUUUCAGGAUACCAUUGAUCGGGCUUACGAUGAGCUUGAUAUUGGAAAGCGGGCCCCUGCUGAGGCGUGUUUGUGGGCUCUUACUGCGCUUGUCAUGAGGACUACUGAUCUUCAGCAAUUUGGGCUUGGGUUGGAGAUUAGAGAUUGUUUGUAUGAGGCUACGCGCUUGUUGACUCUUAACAAUGGGAAUACGAACUUGGAUAGUUUGCAGGGGACUCUUCUUCUGUGGGCCUGUCAAAAGAUGAGAGGACAAUGCCGUGAGGCCUCCGUCACAUUCACAAGCGCAUGCCGCAUGGUCUGCGAUCUAGGCGGCCACUUCCCCCUCUCUCGCCUCGCCAUCCUCCCCCAACACAGUCCAACAUUCGACCAUCAAACCCGCCUUCACAUCCGGCGACUAUUCUGGAUCUGCUACUGCUUCGACAAGGACAUGUCACUCCGCACCGACAAACCACCCCUCUUAUCAUCAGACUACUGUGAUGUGAAUGACUCAGAAGAGCCGCCUUGGUACAAUCAAUCCCGCGACAUGAAUCUCGCCAAGAUCAAGGAGAACGCUGUUAAAAUGCUGUGUUCGCCUCGAGCUUUCAAGUAUAAUGAGGGUCAGCUACUUGCGCGCGUGAGAGAGUUGGACGAUGAACUUGAAGAGUGGCGCUUAUCUGUUGAUCUUCGCUAUCGACCGCGUCUGUCUAUUUUAAGCGACUUAUCUUUCUCUAUGUCUUCAACCAUGAGUCUCGAAGAUCGAACAUAUCUUAUCAACCUUCAACUCGAUUAUCUGUUCACCAUAAUCAACAUUCACACACUUGUUCGCAAAUGCGGCGACUUGGAAGAAAACCUCCCCGACGACCUCCACAGCGUUGUGCACUCCAGCGCCGAUCUCUCCAUCGAGGCAUCACGUUCGAUCUUCCGCAUCCUCGACACGGUCGUUGACUUUUGGAAAGAAGAUUCCGUGUACAUCGUUUCUCAUUUCGCGCCCAUGGCAGCUAUGCCUUUGUUCAUGAACAUUCUUAUCCACCCGCUCGGCAACACUGCAGAUAGUGAUUUGCAGAUUUUGUCAUCGAUAAGUAACAUUACUCGUAAAGUACCGGCGGAACGGUUGCCGAUGGAGGAGAUUGAGGGGAUCAGGGAGAUUAGUGAGUUUGUUAUGGAGCUUGUGAGAUUGAGUCAUAGUGCGGCAUGGAAGGUUAAACGGGGAGAACGGGAGCAUGAUCUUGAUAUUAUUCAUAGCUAG